AAAAGUUCGAUACAACUUCCGUCUUUAAAUGCGAUGAAAUUUGUAAACACCGAAGCAUGGAUAUCGUGAUAUAUAUGAUUUUAUUAUGUGCAAACUUUAAAAUGUCUCUACAAUCGAAAAUAACUAUGAUUAACCUUUAAUAUAAAUAAUAAAUAAAUGUAUAUGUGCAAUAUUUCAUAAUGUCAAUUUAUAUGACAAAUAAAACUUGAGGUUAUGACGUGAAAAAUAAAUAUAUUGUUACCUUCGUGCCAAUAGUAUGAAGUCGCCUAUAUCUUGGACGUAUAUUACUUUGGUAUUAUUACUUAGCUUUGGGAAAAACUCAUGUAAUAACCAAUUAAACUGUACGUCAGAAGAAGAAGAACAGAAUCAUCAUAACUCGGCACACAACAAGUCUCAUGAUACCUCAACGAUAUCAUCAUGUGAUAUGUAUAAUAAUAUGCAUGAAGUUAAAAUUCAAUUUUCAUCUAGAAUUGUUAAAAAUGAAUAUAUCGUAGCGUUCAAAGGUUAUUACACGCCAAAUGCACGUCAAAAUUAUAUACACGCUGCAUUGAAUUCAUCCGGUGUUAAUAAUUGGAAAUUACUAACCAGAAAUAAUUUGGCUAGUCAUUAUCCUAGCGACUUUGAUGUAGUACUUUUAGAAGAAACUGAUAAUUUUCAUGGUCUCAAUGCCUUAAUGGAUCAUCCGCUUAUUAAAAGAGUAACACCUCAACGAUUAGUACGUAGAAGUUUAAAGUAUAUUAAUAUCACUGAAGAAGGAGAAUUACCUGAGUAUAAAGUAUUCAAAAGGAAAAUUACAACCUACGGAAGUAACUUUUGGCAACCGAUAAAUCGUCAUGCAUCUCGUAGAUUGUUACGUGCUAUUCCAAGACAAAUUACAACUACUUUACAAGCGGAUGCUUUAUGGAACUUGGGUUUAACGGGUCAUGGUAUUAAGGUAGCAAUAUUUGAUACAGGAUUAGCUGCCAAUCAUCCACAUUUUAAAAAAAUUAAAGAACGUUCCAAUUGGACUAAUGAAAAAACUUUGGAUGAUGGUGUUGGUCAUGGAACAUUUGUUGCCGGUGUUAUAGCUUCAUCUUCCAAAGAAUGUCUUGGAUUUGCACCGGAUGCCGAAUUGCAUAUUUUUCGUGUUUUCACUAAAACUCAAGUGUCAUACACAUCAUGGUUUCUUGAUGCAUUCAAUUAUGCUAUACUAACUAAAGUCACUGUAUUAAAUCUUAGUAUUGGCGGUCCAGAUUUUAUGGAUCAUCCAUUUGUUGAUAAAGUUUGGGAACUUACAGCAAAUGGUGUAAUCAUGGUAUCCGCAAUUGGGAAUGAUGGUCCUCUUUAUGGAACAUUAAAUAAUCCUGCCGAUCAAAUGGACGUCAUUGGUGUAGGAGGCAUCAAUUGGGAAGAUCAAAUAGCCAGAUUUUCAUCGAGAGGUAUGACAACGUGGGAAUUACCAUCCGGUUAUGGAAGAGUCAAACCAGAUUUAGUUACAUAUGGAUCAGGAGUUAGAGGUUUGGCAUUGCCAAAUGGUUGUAAAACACUUUCUGGUACUUCUGUUGCUAGUCCUGUUGUAGCUGGUGCUGUAGCACUUUUGGCAAGUGGCUUUGUUGAAUCAAACAAUUCGCUAAAUAUUAAUAAGAAGAUAACACCAGCUAGCAUGAAACAAGCAUUGCUCAGUUCAGCACGACGUUUAUCAGGUAUUGGUAUGUUUGAACAAGGAGCAGGAAAAUUAGAUUUGUUGAGAGCGUAUCACUUUUUAAAAUUAUAUACGCCUAUGUGUACUCUCAGUCCAAGUUAUAUAGAUCUAACUGAGUGUCAGUAUAUGUGGCCAUAUUGUACUCAAGCCGUUUAUCACACCGGUAUACCAACCAUCGUAAAUAUAACUAUAAUUAAUGGAUUGGGUGUCUCGGGUCAUAUUACUGAUCUGACUUGGCAUCCAUAUACUGGUAAUGGUAAUGGUGAACGAAUUGAUAUAUCAUUAACGCACAGCGAUGUUUUAUGGCCAUGGUCUGGCUGGUUAGCCGUUUCUAUAACCGUUCCAUCAAGUUCUCGUGAUUGGCAGGGUAUAGCACAAGGUCAUAUAUCUAUAACUAUAACGUCACCACCAAGUAAUGGGGAAGAAGAACCACGUCAAUCAACCAUUGAUUUACCAUUAAAAGCCAAAGUUAUACCAAUUCCACCACGACACAAACGUAUUCUUUGGGAUCAAUACCAUAACUUACGCUAUCCUCCAGGAUUUUUUCCAAGGGAUGAUUUAAGUGUUAAAAAUGAUCCCCUAGAUUGGAAUGGUGAUCACAUUCAUACAAAUUUUAAACAUAUGUAUCAACAUUUACGCAAUGCUGGAUAUUAUCUUGAAGUACUCGGUCAUCCAUUUACUUGUUUCAACGCUAAAAAUUAUGGAACGUUAUUAAUAGUUGACGCGGAAGAAGAAUUCUUUCCUGAAGAGAUAGCAAAAUUAAAACGAGAUGUCGAAGAGGAUGGACUUUCUGUAAUUAUUUUUGCAGAUUGGUAUAAUGUUACUGUUAUGAGAAAAGUCAAAUUUUAUGAUGAAAACACUCGCCAAUGGUGGGUUCCUGAUACUGGAGGUGCUAAUAUUCCAGCUUUAAAUGAUCUUUUAUAUCCUAAUUGGGGAAUAGCAUUUAGCGAUCACGUACAAGAGGGUCAGUUUACUCUUGGUCAACAUUCACCAAUAUCUUUUGCUUCUGGAUCAACUAUUACUCGAUUUCCAAAGGAUGGUGUUUUACUUUAUGCAAAAUUACGCGAUCAAGGUGAAGAAUUUAUUUUGGAAACGGAACCGAAAACGUCCAAACUUGUACCAAUACUUGGACUGUUACAAACCAAACGUUAUGAAAAUAUUCAAGAAAAUUAUAAUAUUGUUAAAAAUAACGAUAUUAAAGAUUUGGAAGAAGAUUUUCCGGAUGACAAUCAUGAGAAGGAACAUGUUAACGAUAUACCUGGAAGAAUUGUAGUAUACGGAGAUUCAAAUUGCAUUGAUGACAGUCAUUUGCAAAAACCUUGUUUCUGGAUGCUCGAUGCCAUCUUAGAGUAUACUACGACAGGUCGAAUAGCAACCAUAUUUAUCAAUGAAAAUUCACCACCGAAUAAAGAUUCAAAUGAAUUGGAUCAUUUCGAGAAUAGUGUAUUACCUAAACGAAUAGAAAAUAGUAAUUUCAAACGUCAUAGUAAGGUAAUAGCAUCCGAAGGAACUGGAGCUAAUCGUUAUCGACCAUUACCAUUGUGUCCCAUUCUAACAUUAGCUGUACCAAAACCAGUUAACGAAUCUGCACCGACAAAUUUAUACAAAUCACAAAAAUUACUUUCCGUGGACAAUGGAAUAAUAGCCGCCAAUCCAAUUCCACCAGAAGAUUCAUUGUGGUUUAAACGACAUAUUGGAGCUAAUAAUGUUCCUUUGUUAUAUAAUAAUGAUUUAAACGGAGUCGUUCAUAAAAAACAAAAUGAACAAGACUUUGAAAUGACUGUGAACGAAUGGUAUUAUAUAGGAAUAAUUAUUAUAAUAGUUACAUUACUUUUAUGUUUUCUUAAUCGCUGCAAUUGGUUGAUAUUUAGAAGACACUCUAGAAGAAAACGAACAGUUGGUAAAUUGCGUAGACUUAUACAAACUUUUAAUCCUAUACGCAGGUAGCUUGGAAAUGGUGUGUGAUCUAAAAAAAAAAAAAUAAUGCUUGUAAAGACAAAUUUUAUAAAAUAGUUUUAUAACAUUUUUGUUUAUAGAUAUAUUUUAUAUAGACAACACAAUCAAUCUUAUGGUAUAUAUAAAUAUUCUAUAAGCUAAAUAACACUUUAUCAAAUUUCUCUCUAUUAAUUAUUCAAAGAUUGAGAACUAAAAAAAAAAAA